AUGGCGCUAGACACACUCCCUGCCGAACUUCUCGAGUGCAUCGCUGAAUGGAUUCCACCUGAUCUUCCCGCACUCUUGGAUCUGCGAAUCACCUGCUCAAAGAUUUGCCGGAGCACACACAAGGUCUUCGUCUCGCGCUACUUCACCGACCGCACCUUCAUGCUAGCCGACCCGGCAAGCAUGGAGACUCUUCUGUGCAUCUCCCAACGGUCUGACCUGAGACGAAGUAUGCACACCUUGCGCUUUUCGUUCGCCACGAUGCGCGAGGCCGAAGACUGGGUUGCAGGUGCCCUCUACCACCUGGAUGAGACCGCCCUCAACCCGGUCGACGCCACACAGUUGAAAGAAUUGCACUGGAACGGGGGCAUGCACAAGCGCCUCGUCAAGGCCGAAGCCCGCUUUCGCCGUUCCGCGGACGACGUGCGAGUCCUACACAAAGUUCUCACCAACUUCCACCGAAGCGGCCAUAUUCCCACAAUCGUCGCUGGAGGUCGAGAUUUCUGCACUGAUGAUUACCAGCGGCGAGCCUCGGGCUAUAUGCACCGUCUCAGGCGGUUCGCCAAGCCUGUUCAACACUACGAGGCUGCCCUGAUCGGUGUCGACCACCACGACCCGACGAGAUUCCACAUGCUCUACCAAGCCAUUCGCGAGACGGAAUAUCCUGUGCAACAGUUGCAGUUGGGGAGCGAGGUCUUUGGUCUUCCCCUGUGCGUCUUUGAACCUUUUUCUAGAACGGGUGGGGUAAGCACAUUCUCGCGACUGAAAGCUCUGCGUCUUGCCAUUGCCCCUACCAAUCGCGCGGUAGCUGUGCGCCAGUGGCUUGGCCCACGGAUACAGCCCGCCCUGAGGCACUUUAUCGCUUUCCUGGCCGAAGCUGCAAACCUGGAGCUUCUGGCAUUGUCCCGUUCGGAAUGCAACCUCGAACUUGACGGGAGCGAAUCCAUCUUCCGCGCGUUGGCCCGCGCAAUCAUGGACGGACGAGUAUCCUCACUACCACAAGCUGCACAGUCAACACCAAUCCUCCAGCAGCUUCAGCAUUUCGAACUAGAGGGCUUCGCGUUUGAGUGGAGGGACUUGGUGAAAAUCGUCAAGGCGAGGAGGGCAACCCUCAGAAGACUGACGGUCGAGAAUGUGCAAGUCCGCCACGGGAGCGUGGAAGGUAGAGUGCCGCGCCCUGCGGAUGCUGUGCUGUCGCUUCAGGAGGCCUUUGGUGAUGGGGUCUUGGAUCUAGUGGGAGACAUAUUUUGUGAGAAGGUGGAAAAGGACGGACUGUUUGACUAG